UGAUGUGACGUCACACACGGAAGCACUCCGCAGUGCUCUGCUCAACGCUUCACACAGUUUGAAAUGAUUUAGUGUGAACUUACUUUGGCCCGUGUCAUGGCGAUGCUCCCCGCAGCUGCAGUCUUUUAUUUCCCCUGGGAGGUUAAUAAUGGAGCAGCUCAGGAAGGAGAGUCACUGAGGACAUUCGGCAGACUGGCCAGUUACCGACCCGAGGAGUCCAGGGCAACAUUGUCUGCUCAGCAUGCUUCAAAACAGCACCAGAUGGUCGUCCACACGCUGUACGUGGAGCCCUUUGACCCCAUAAUUGGGGCCCAAUAUAUAGUUCUGGGUGAGAUAGAAAAUGCUGAAGAUGUGGGCGUGAUGGUCCGUGCCCGUGUGCUGAACUGCGUUGACGGAGUGAACAUCGCUCUUCUUCAGAGAGCCAUCAACGAGCAGAGAAGCUUCUUCAGCGAGAGGGAGCAGAAACAGGCUGAUGCUGCACAGCCUGAACAUGUUACCUGAGCCGGCUCUCUUUUCUUUUGUUCAGGAAGUUUCUCGUGGUUCUCUCACUGAGUGUCAGGAGCACAGAGCCGCCUCUGAGUCUGUUUGGAAGACCCUUAUACGAGCUCAGGUUAACUCAAGGAGUGUUUGGUUUGGUUAAGUUUCCUGCAGUUUGUCACAUCGGAUUUCUUUACAUUAUAAACUAUUUUCUACAGAACUAACAGCUGGUUUUGGGUCCAAAGCUUACGACUUGGAGUCAUUUUUUCCUCUCAUAUGUAACUUUGUGAUCUGAUGUUGUAGUGACCAAUUUUGACAAACCCAAUAUGAUCUAAUAAAGUCACUUGAGGGAUGAAUGUGGAAGCUUUUUCAGACACUUCUCAUCAUAUUCCGAUUUGGGAAUCUUCUAUUAUUUAUUUAAAUCAACUUUGACUUCACUAAUUUUUAACCUUUCACGACCUCGUUCAGGCAGUCAACUCGAGCUGCACUGAUUUUCACACCUGACAUGCCUCAUUCUCCACAAUCACAUGGAUACACCUAUAAUCAAACACAAGUUUUAAAAAACCUUCACCCCCCUCCCUACAGUGUGCACUAAUAAAGGAAUGAGCUACUCAGACCAAAAAUUUUAUUUUUGGUCUUUGUAUUCAGUUUAUAUCUGCUGUAAAUUAGCAUGAGUUUUAAUGAGGAUUCUGCAGCUUUUGGAGUGAGCCUCAAGUGGACACUUGAGGAACUGCAGUUUGUUUUUGCACUACUUUUUAACAUACAAGGUUGUUGCUUGAUAUUUUCCCCCUCUUAUGAUUUCAUAUGAAGGAGUUUAACAGGUAAAUAAAGUUGAUCACAUUUUAAAAUUAA